AUGGCGGGUUUCUCCGAGUCAGCGAUGGCACGGCGCUUACAGACGUUGAACACCACGCAGCAGUCGGUGCAGAUGAUGUCGAUGUGGCUGUUGCAUCAUCAGAAAGCCCACGCCGAGACGAUACUCAGAGUGUGGCUCCAGGAGGUUAAGAAAGAAACCAAGCCAAAUCGUCUUAUCAACUUGCUGUACCUUGCUAACGAUGUCAUACAAAACAGCCGGAGGCAUUGUCCAAAAUUUAUGGAAAUGUUUUAUGAAAGUUUGGAGCCGGCAUUCAGGAAAAUUUUGCGAGUUUUUCGGGAGCGACAAAUUUAUCCAGAAGCGAAGUUUGAUCGUCUAGUAAAUGCAGUAACUUCAUCGUUAACUGGAAUACGUCUUGUGGAAUUUAAUAUUGAACUCGGAGGAACAAGCUUGACCGGCGAAAGCUCCCAGAAAUCACGUAUGACACCAACCACGCCACCGGCUUUAGGAAAAUCACCGCAGGUAUCGACGCCUACCGUUGACACGGAUUCACCGGAACCGAAAAAGAGCAGGUUCGAAGGCGAGAAUUUCGACAUAAAAACGAUGACUAGGGUUACCGAAGAAGUGAUAAAACUGCUGAAAAGACUUGAAGACCCACCGUCGGCUGAUGCUGAAACACGCCACUUGAUAGCUUCUUUCCCGGAAACAAUAGCGAAUCCGGCACUUCUGAAGCCCAUUAAAAAUGAAGCGCAAGCAAAGGAGCUGUUCAAGAAGAUCAAAGAAUCUGAGCCAGUGGUCAAGGAAUACUGUAAAAGGCUAGCAGCGGAAAUGGAUGACAGGCGCACAUUGCAGCAUUUGCUGCCGGAUUAUUUUGAUUUUUUGAAGGCGAGUGCAAUCAGAAACGAUGAAAUGCUGCGAUCUGUACGGGAAAAAGUGGAAAAAUUGGACCAGGAAAAAACAGCG